GCCGCACGGUGCCCGCGGUGCGCGCAGAAGCCGCGCAACGACCGCGCGAUGCGCGACUACGAUGCGGCCACCGCCUUCCUGGGCGAGUGGGGCCGCUUCCAGCGCCUCGUCUUCUUCCUGCUCAGCGCCAGCAUCAUCCCCAACGGCUUCAACGGGAUGUCGGCCGUGUUCCUGGCCGGCACCCCCGAGCACCGGUGCGCGCUGCCCCGCGGCGCCAACCUGAGCGGCGAGUGGCGGGCGGCCAGCAUCCCGCUGGAGCCGCGGGGCGGGCGGGCGGCCCCGAGCCGCUGCCGCCGCUACCGCCCGGCCGCGAUCGCCAACCUGUCGGCGCUGGGGCUGCGGCCGGGCGACGUGGAGCUGGGGGCGCUGGAGCAGGAGCCGUGCCUGGACGGCUGGGAGUACAGCCGCGAGGUCUAUCGCUCCACCAUCGUCACCGAGUGGAAUCUGGUGUGCGAGGAUGACUGGAAAGCCCCGUUGACCACCUCCCUCUUCUUUGUGGGGGUCCUCAUCGGCUCCUUCAUCUCGGGGCAGCUCUCGGACAGGUUUGGCAGGAAGAAUAUCCUUUUUUUGACGAUGGCCGUGCAGACUGGCUUCAGCUUCCUGCAGAUCUUCUCUACCAGCUGGGAGAUGUUCACAGUGCUCUUUCUCAUAGUGGGGAUGGGACAGAUCUCUAACUACGUGGUGGCCUUCAUACUGGGAACAGAGAUUCUUGGCAAAUCAGUUCGUAUUAUAUUCUCUACGUUAGGAGUUUGCGUAUUUUUUGCAAUUGGCUACAUGUUGCUGCCCCUGUUUGCUUACUUCAUCAGAGACUGGCGGAUGCUGCUGCUGGCGCUCACUGUCCCGGGGCUGUUCUGCAUCCCGCUCUGGUGGAUCAUUCCUGAAUCCCCUCGGUGGCUGAUCUCUCAGGGAAGAUAUAAGGAGGCAGAAGCUAUUAUCCAAAAGGCUGCAAAAAUAAAUGGCAUUCCAGCCCCUGCCGUGCUUUUUGACAUUGCACAGAUGCAGGAUUCGAAGCCUGAGCAGCAGCAGAAGGCUAUCCUUCUGGACCUGUUUCGAACCCGAAACAUUGCAACUAUUACUAUUAUGUCAUUACUUUUGUGGUUUUUCACGUCGGUUGGUUACUUUGGCCUCUCCCUCAGCACUCCGAACUGGCAUGGAAAUGCCUACAUAAACUGCUUCCUCUCGGCUGUUAUUGAAAUUCCAGCUUACGUGAUUGCCUGGCUUCUCCUCCGCUCCUUCCCUCGGCGUUACUCCUUAUCCGGCAUCUUGUUUUUAGGGGGAGGUGUUGUCCUCUUCAUUCAGCUGGUUCCUGCAGAUUACAACAUCCUGUCUAUCGGCCUGGUGAUGCUUGGAAAAUUUGGCAUCACAGCUGCCUUUUCCAUGCUCUAUGUCUACAACGUGGAGCUAUACCCAACGCUAGUGCGGAACAUGGCAGUCGGAGCUACGUCCAUGGCAUCCAGGCUGGGCAGCAUCCUUGCCCCUUACUUUGUUUACCUGGGUGCCUACGACCGGUUCCUACCAUACAUCCUGAUGGGAAGCCUGACUGUGCUGAUCGGCAUCCUGACCCUGUUUCUCCCGGAGAGCUACGGCAAUCCCCUGCCCGAGAGCUUUGAGCAGAUGCUGCAGGUGAAAUGUUUCAGAAAUGGACAUCAAAGCAGUGGUGCUAGGAAUUCAAAGAAGAGCCCUACCAUUCUGGUAACACCCUUAUGAAGAAGGACGCACGCUCUCAGAGGGGCUGAAAGGACAAGACCUUCUCAAAAUGCAUUUUCUGCCAGAGGAAAACAAACCAACCCCAACAGUCAGUGCUACUGCACCGUAAUUAUUAUCCCCCAUGCACCUGUACCCAAAUACAUAGUUUACUGAACAGAUGCUCUCCACUCCCAUAGGACCCAGUCUGUAAUUCAGUGUCCUGAUACCUGGGAUUUGGCAGAAGAUACAGUCUCUGUUGAGAAAUGGGGGCCUGCAUGUGAUUGAUUUGAGGAAACGGCUAGAAAUGAGCCUUAGGAAUAAUACAGCAAUGACUGCACUCAGUCAGGAUCUCAACAGAAGCUGCUGAAAGAAAAACCAAAAAGACAGCCAAUGUAAUGCUGGUGUUUUCUCAUUGUGUGUUGCCUGGAUGGAGGGGAGCUGAGUGUCCUUCUUUGCAAACCUCAGCACACGCCUCUAAAGGAAAGAUCUCCUCUUUUCCAGCCUAGGGAUUCUGUGAUUCCUGUGAAAUCUGUGGGAUCAGAAUUUAGUUGUAGCAAAGCAGACGUAGAUUCCUUGUAAGAACGUGGUUUUUAAACAAGACAUCAGAGUAUCAUUUGAUGUCGCUUGCUCUUCCCGGGACCUGGGGUCCACUUCUUACCCACCUGUCCCUGUAAAGGCUGAUGCUUUCUCACACGCCUGAGCCCACUGACAUCCACAGGCUUCGUAAAUGUUUCGUGUCUUUGGGGAUGGGGGAAUUCUUUAACGCUGAAUAAGGACUAUAGUUUGCUGACCUGAUGGGCACUGCCCACUUUCAGAGGAAACAUACGCUUUGGGAAGUCACUGACCCCC